AUGAUUUCCGAGAGCUCCAAGAGCGCGGUUCCGGAGGAAGGGGCCGCAAGCGACUCGAGGGAUAGUGUGUCCUUCCUGAGCAGGCGGCCGCAGACGAAGGGGUUGGGGAUCGGAUUGAUCGGAUUCGUGAUCGCAGGUUGGGGCGCUAUGUGUGGAAUCGGCGGCGGGCUUUUCGCCGUUCCGGUUCUGCACUAUCUCUACCGGCUCAACCUGAAGGAAGCGAUCACGUCUUCUCUCGCGUUGGUGUUCGCAACGACCGCUUCCGCCACCCUAUCGGAGGCGUUUCAUCCGGAUAGUCGCAUUAACUGGUCGAUCGUCGCCGGACUCGCGGUGGGCAGCCUAGUCGGUGCUCAACUUGGCUUUCGCGCGUCGAAAGUGAUCCCCCAACGCAAGCUCAAGUUCGUUUUCACUUUUCUGCUGGCUACUGUAGGCGUUCGCCUGCUAGGGAUCCUGCCUGGGACCUUCCCGAUUGUGGAAAGUGAAGGUCUGUUGUCUGGCGGCAUACCGGCGAACAUAGGGAUUGCUCUAUGGAUCGGUCUCGGCGGGGGAUUCGUCGCACCCCUGCUGGGAAUCGGUGGCGGGUUGAUCGCCGUGCCGGCCUUGAUGCUAGGGCUGCCAGAGCUCGGGCACCCCGGAGCCAGAGCCUGUUCCAUGGCGAUGGGGGUCGUGACGUCCUCACGGGCCAUGGCGCUCUACUACCGCAGUGGUGACCUGAAUCUCAAGCGCUCAAGCUCCCUGGCUCUCGGCGCUGCAUUUGGAGCGGUCGUCGGCGUCCAGCUGAUUCACAUCCCGGGCGUCACUCAGAUCGCCGAAAAGAUGUUGGCUGGCACUUUGCUCUUGGUGGCGCUACGUUUCGGUGUGGAUGUGUUUCGGCCUACAAAGCUGGCUUCCAACUAG